ACUGCUUACACAAAUAAGAUGAUUGUGUAGUUAAACAAUAUUUCCCCAUAAUGUCUGGAAUUGUGCGAGUUUCCGAAGCUGUCCAGCGUGAGAAUUUCUUCAAAACACAUCCAGUGGUUACAUGGACGUUUGGUGCAGACGAUGAAUUGCAUGUAUUGUCUGAUCGUCCAAAUCUUACAUCCUCGACCUACGAACGGUUAUCCACCUCUAGAAGCCAGGAAUCUGAAGAUAGCGGUGUCAAAUCGUCAGUAUCUACUUCCCAUAACGAGGAUGAGGCGCCGGUAUCCCCUGCCUCCACAACUUCGGACGACACCAAGAGAAGACGUUCUAUACUACGAAAGCUGUCCACCUCCUCCGGCCUGUCCCUCCGCUCCAACCCCUCAUCCCCGCUGUUUGACUUCCCCACCUUUGAAGAGCUGUUUGAGGGGAAAGGGAAGUUCAAGUUGUCCACGCAUCACAGUAAACCCAUUUUUUCCCGCCAACAGUCCUAUCCCGGUCCAGCUGUAGCAGUAUUAGACGAGAAUACCGAUGACACUGAAAUUUCUCUCACAGCAACGGAGGAGAAACCAAAAUCAAUUAAAAGGCUCGACAGUACUAUGUCCCAGAAUUUCAGCUCGUUGGUGCACGAUAGCUGGAAGGGAUCCAAGGGAUUCCGAGGGUACCGUCAGCGGUUAGGGAAUGCAUUACACCACCGUUACUGCAUGUGUUGUAGAUUUGAAAGCACCCUCUUCAUAGGCCUCUACUGUCUCGUGGGACUCUUCCUUUCCUCCUCGGGUAUCGUCUGUUACAUAAAUUGUUUGGACGAGAUUCUGGUCUCCUGCUAUCUAACAGUUGAUGGGAUUUUGUCGGUAUUCGUAUUUCCUAUUUUGGUAAUGGGAUGGACUAGGCGAGUAGGCGGCUGUGUCGGAGAUGAAGAAGAUGUAGGUACUGGAACAUUCUGGAUAUCUGUAUUGGUCCUCCGAAUUCUUUUAACAGCAUCAGGAACUUUCGUCUGUAUUUAUAGAUACUGUAUGGAGGAACCCGUAUGGGAAUCAAAAAUGUGUCAAUUCGAAUUUUAUGCACUUCUUGGAGGAAUUGUGUUCGAAUGGAUUUUCUGUGUGACUGCGAUAUUUCUUCCCAUGUGUUUUUACUGUGUUCUCUACUGUUUUGCGCCAUCAUACGGAGCAAAAUCAGGCUUAUACACUAUUAAUGUCGAUGAACAAAAAUGAUAAAUUUCUCAUGAUAGACAAAACAUUUAUUGAUCGAGUGGUACACAAAAACAAUUGAAUAAAAAAUUGUUUUUAGCAGGCAACAAUAUAUAAAUAAUUUCAUUUUUCUCAACAAUAUAGUUAAUGUUCAGUUUGCUUUCUG